AGGCUUUUAAAAGAAAAAGCCACAAGCCAAUUUGAGCAGCUUUCUGCUUUUCUCUUCUUCUGUCUAAAUAUAGCAGUAGCUGUAGCUUGGGAUAGCCAAAUAAAUAUUACAACUGAAACAAAGAAAAGGGUUUGUUUUUGUUCAUCCCUCUCAAUUCAGGAUAGGUUUAGUCUCUGGUAAAAAAUUAUGGCUCCUCGAAUCUCCUUCUCCAUUCUUGCUUUGGCAUUGUUUCUUGCUGUUGCUUCUGCAGGCAUUGCUGCUGCUCCUCCAAAAGAAUUAUCAGGCCCAUUCACUUACUAUGGCCCCAAAGGCGCUUCCAAAUGGGGAAGCUUGAGUCCAGAAUACUCAGCUUGCUCAAAAGGGAAGAUUCAGUCUCCUAUCAACAUUAACAGGAACGAAACUGUUCAUAACAAAAAUUUGAAGCCUUUAAUCAGGGAAUACAAACCUGCAAAUGCUACUCUCGUCACCAAUGUCUGCAAUAUUGGGUUGUACUAUGAGGGAGACUGUGGACGGUUAAUUAUGGAUGAUAAAAACUACACCCUCAAGAAAAUGCACUGGCAUUCCCCUUCUGAGCAUUGGAUUGAUGGAAUUCGGUUUCCUCUGGAGCUUCACCUAGUCCACGCGGCAGAAAACAAUGCUACCUCUGUUGUUGCUGUCCUCUACCAGUAUGGCCGUGCUGAUCCUUUUAUUGCUAAGCUCAAGAACAGUUUGGAUAAGCUCGCUAAUGAGGUGAAAGUAGGUGAUCAAAACCCUCAUAUCCCCUUAGGAAUCGUAGAUAGUAAGCUUGUAGGGAAAAAAACCCGCAAAUAUUACAGAUACAUGGGUUCUCUUACCACUCCUCCAUGCACUGAGAAUGUGGUCUGGCAUAUACUUGGCAAGACGAGAACAGUAACCGAGAAGCAGGUACAAACUCUGAAAGCUCCACUGGGCAUAGCUUACAAGGUAAAUGAAAGGCCUCUGCAGGCCCUGAAUGGAAGAAAGGUUGAACUAUUUAAAGAAUUUCAGCUACCUAAACCAGCACGUACGUGACUUAGUAAAGUUUGUGAAUUGCGUCUGAAAUCUGCAGCUAUAAAUUCUCUCCCUGUACUACUUGAACUGUUGUACUCGAGCAUAAAUAAAGGAUCAGUAUGGACAGACAGUUCAUGAAUCCUA